AUGUUGACAGAAAUUGAAUUUUUUGACGUAUACAGAGUGUUAUGGGUUUUGAAAUUUGUGGACACAGAUUUAGAAGAUCACCAUUUACAAAUAAAAUAUUUUACAUCUAUAAAGCUGCCUCUCGGCCUGUCUGUCCUGUUCAGACUGAGCUGCCCGCCGGGUGCUGUCGAGCUCACCGCAGUCGGUGUGCCGUCCCGGAGCCGACUCGCUUCCCUUUUCAGACGAGAGAGGGCAGUGCAGGCUCCCUGCCAUGAGCCUUCAGUCAAAGAGGGUGUUUUAGGGCUGAAGGCGAUGAAGCAUUCCUGUGCCUUACUUCCUUGCUCAAAGGCCUGCGCUCUGAGAGUCGAAGCUGCGCAGACCGUCUUCCUUGAGUUUCCGAGCAGCCUGAGCGCGGCUUCCGAGAACACGGCGGCGGCGCUCCCCGCGGCUCGUUCCGCAGCGAGCCCCCGUCCCGGGAGGCCGCGGUCCCCUCGGGCCAGCCCGAAGCCAGCUCCCGGCAGGAGGCGCCGCCUGGCCGCGCCCCCCGGGGUGCGUGCCCGCUUCCCUGGCUCUCCCGAGGACGGAGCCCCUGCCCUGCGCACAGAAGCGGCCUCUUCUACGGGCGGCACUGUGGCUUUGUCCCUGUGUCCCUUGCCCGUUGUUUUUUUUUCUUCCGGUACCAGGAAUCGAACUCACGACCCUGCGCUCGCCGGCCAUGCUGCGCCGCUGAGCUACAUCCCCAGCCCCUUUCCGGCCCUCUCAGUGCGCGCCCCUUGGUUGAGGUCUGGGACAGCGUCGCCGCGGGCGUGCGCGGUGGAGCGCCCCGUUGUGGGAAGGGCGUCGCGGUGCCUUCGCGUGUGGCUCAGUCCUGACUUCCCGCGCGUGGAGAGCAGCGCUGUCUCCAGCGUGGAGACCGGCGCCCGGCCCGCCCCGCUUCUCCUAUUCCCGCUCUUUGCCCUCGUCCAGCCCCAGGCGGGACCCUGGGAGUUGGCGGGAAGCCGAAUGCUUCGUGGGCCGGCCGCGCCCACACGCCGCGUCUCCGCCGGGUUCCUCUGCCCUCGGCCGCGCCCGGCGCCCGGCGCCCGGCGGCCUUCCUCCUCUCCCGCGAGCGGAGCGUCUCUGAUCUGGGCCUGCGCGCCUGCGGGUGUCCUGAGACGCCCUGCAGGCGAGCUGUACUUCAGCCUUUGGAGGGAUGGGAGGCGCUGGCUGUGGGGUUUGGGCGCGCACCUUCGUUUCCCUGCCACGGGCUGUCCCUCGGUCCUGCAGGCCGGCCCCGAGCGGCGGCGUCCCCACUGGCUGCUGCUGACUCGCUUCUGA